CUUCCGUUGUAGUCUAGUUGGUUAGGAUACUCGGCUCUCACUCGAGAGACCCGGGUUCAAGUCCCGGCAACGGAAAUCGAAGAAUCAUAUCGGUUCCGUUUUUUACAGCCGAAGCCUUUGAGACUUGAGAGCUGGUUAUUCCUUGACACGUUGCCUUGUUUGAACGUCACGUUAGUCCAUUCCCUCAAAUUCAAGUCUUCUUCGGUUCUUCUCCAAGUCUAGAAUAGAAAGGUGCCCUACUUUUCUUAUUCUGCAAAAUAGGGUUUACAGUUUUCAAAAUAAUUUCAAUUUGAGUGAAAGCAUCAUAGUUGUUCGACUUUGCUCCUGAAUCAACAAUGGAUGUAGAAGAUGACACAAGGGACGGCUCUGUUUCUUCUGUUAUUCUUGAAUCUUUGGAAUCUAUCUGGGAGGGAGAUAAGCUUUCUGAUGAAGAUUUGGCUUGGGUUAAUUCUUGCCUGGUUACAGAUAAUGAAAUUGUGGAAAGUAAUUGGACUUCUUUCAAAGAUGUUUUGCUGGAGAUCAUUGGUGACCAAUCUGAGUCACUUGAUUCUUCUGCAACUGGAAGCAAUGGUUUUUCUGGGGCAACUGAAAUCAGGAUAGUUCCUUCCAUUGAGGAAGCAGAUGCUACCAAUUACUCAGGAAGAACCGAUGACUAUCCUGUCGUCGUUCCAAUUAAUGGAGACACUGAAACAAACACCAAUAAUAUUCCCAUCAAAAAGAGGACUGGUAUUCUGUCACAAUUUUUUCAGGAAGAUCCCACUGAAACAUUUCAGGGAAAUCCUUUCCUGCCUACCUACAAUGAGGAUGAGAGAAAGGAUGAAGCUGUUGAUUUAGGACUUCAAUUGAGUUUGUCUGCAGAUGAAAUGAAUUCAUCAACUGUGGAUAUCUUCAAGGUGUGGGAUUUGGACAUUCCAGCUGAGGAAGGUGAUCUUAUUAAACAGUUGAACAAGGCUGUUGCAGAGACAGAGACUGCCUUUCAAUCAACGCCAUUGGCUUUUGAUGAUUCAACAGCAUGGAAAGACUUGAAAGAUGAACCGCUAGAUAAUUUAAUUGCUGGCAUUGCAGAUCUAUCUUUAAAUACUAAAAGUUUUAGUUAAUUUGUCAGUCCAUAUUAGAAUUUAGGCACAUACAUAAUGUAGAUUUGUUGCAUUGCCAAGAUCUAUGUUGCUGUGAUCUUAUGACAUCAACAAUGAGGUAACAGGUCUUUGAAAUUUUUAGUUGUAGUAAUCAGGACUCAAUCUCUUGAGUGUCUUAUUAAAAAAUAUCGAGCUUUGGCUCUAAUGUGUCCCGAG